AGAAACCCGGGUCAAGAGAGAGGGACAAUGGAGGAAUCUUUAAGCUUCAGAUUCUUAACUCCUAUGCCUGAGAAGAUGGACACCACGUCCGCGUGCUUUCGGAAGGGACUAUUAGCACAUACAACCCACGGAACGUCACAAACCUAGCUCACGCUGGAACGCCAGACCCCAGCGCGCACGCGCAACAAAGUGCCGCCGCUACGCAGGCGCACUGCGGCCUACCGCCGCGCUAAACUAGGCGCAGAUUCUCCGAGGUCGGCGCGCGCUCCCGGACUCCCGGGAGUGAGGCGCGCACCAUGGAAGAGCGGUUAGCCGAGUUCCGGGCGGCCCGAAAACGGGCGGAGCUUGCGGCAGAAGCCAGCACUUUAAGCCAGAGCGCACAAACCUCGGGAAAGAAGGCGGAAGCAACUGCAACUCCAAAGUCAGCUUUGGGCUGGCUAAAACUGUUCCUGGUGUGGAAACGGAGGCCCGAGAGUUCCCAGGCCCAGCCCAGCGUAGUUCAGGAAGCCUCUCAGCCCAGGAGCAGCACAUCACAGCCCCCACGGAGAACAGCCAUUCCCCCGCCAUUGCCACAGGACCAGUCCUUCCUGACCAGCAUCACCUUCUUGAAGGUUCUUCUCUGGUUGGUCCUGCUGGGACUAUUUGUGGAACUGGAAUUUGGCCUGGCUUAUUUUGUCCUAUCCUUGUUCUACUGGAUGUAUGUCGGGACACGGGGCCCUGGAGAGAAGAAGGAGGGAGAGAAGAGCGCCUACUCUGUGUUCAACCCAGGCUGUGAAGCCAUCCAGGGCACCCUGACUGCAGAGCAGUUUGAGCGAGAGUUACAGUUUAGACCCCUGGAGGGGAGAUAGGGCCAGCUGUGUGUUAUCAACUAGCCUCCUAGCAACUCGGCCCUCCUGGCAUAUGGCCUGGCAUAUGGACUUGUGGGUUUGUUCAGGUGUCCCAGAUUAAGGACAAUUUGCAAGUUAUUCUUUUGACCAUGCAGUUCUACCUGCUUUCCUUCAUCUUCUGCUGCAGUUUCAUCUCUGAACUUGUAUUUGGUUUUGGUGAAACUCCCUGAAAGACACUCACUAUAGGUUUGAUGCAAUUUAUAAAAACUAAAUACUCAAAAGGA